AUGGAGGCCCUGUUGCCUGUCGAGACCUGUUUGCGAUGCGGGCAUCCCUACGCAUUUCGCCUGUCGCGCUUUGGCUGUGUGUUCUUCUGCGCAUGCCACGAGUGCAUCGACGUGCUGAAAGUGGCCGCGGCCUUCUCCGCCGCUGUGCGUGGACGAACAGCCGCGGUGCCGUUUGUCCCGCUUAUGUCAUCCCCAUCGUGCGAACUCACCUUUUGCAUAAAGGUGGUGUCUGUGGAGGUGGACUUUGUGCGCGAUCUUGCUUCCGCCAACUUCCGCAACUUUCAUGACGCUGAAGUGGCGCAGAUAGCGUUCAGCCUUUCCCUCGCACUUCGCGAGCAACUGGCGCGGAGCGGGGCAGCUCUGACGGGCCCAGCGCCAGUGAUGGAACAGCUCACUGAGGAGCUUCUUGAGUCCGGACAAGAUCCCGCGCUUCCGUUCUUUGUGAACCCGCCGCCACCUGGUCUGCGCAAAGCUGUAGCUGACAUUCUCAGCUGUGCAGUGCCUGAAAUCAGGCUCGAUCGGAUUCCACAUCUCCUUCGUCGCACUAUGAAAGCCCAUCAGGUAGAGGGUGUGAAGACGGCGCUGCGAUGGGGAGGACGGAUUCUUUUUGCAGACGACAUGGGUGUUGGAAAAACAAUUCAGGCAUUGGCCACCGUGGCAGCACUCGAGGCCUAUCCACUUCUCAUCGUAUGUCCCUCGGUGUUAAAGCUCAUGUGGGCAGACCUAAUCGAGCAGUACCUGCACGAGCAGGUGUCUGUCGAGGAGAUCCACCUGAUUCACGGCGCCAAUGACGCGCUUAGUAUUGACUCGCAGCCAAAAGUGGUGCUGGUGAGCUAUCACAUGGCAGCGGUGCUGGAGAAGCAGCUGCAGGCUCGCAGCUGGAAGUGUCUCUUGUGCGAUGAGAGCCAUCUUCUGCACACAAAUGUUAGCGGAGCUGAUGCAACCUAUACUCGUGUGGUGGCGGCUAUCGGGCAACGGACGCCUCACUGUCUCCUGCUUUCUGGAACGCCGGCUACGGAUAAUCCAUUCGAUCUGUUUAACCAGAUCGACACGCUCCGGCCCAAGCUACUUGGGGAGUCGCGCUUUGAGUUCGCGAUGCGGUACUGCCAGCUCACCUUCUCUCCCUACUUGCAGGUUGGAGGGUCAACGAGGAGGGUGGAGUUUUCAUCGCUGCUGCGCUCCUGCUGUAUGCUGCGCCGCCUCAAGGAGGAUGUGCUGGAGCUGCCACGAAAAAGCAGAGUUGUGAUGCGGGUAGCACAUCGUCAUGGCUCGCACAGUGACGCCCGCCGCAGCGGGGAAGCUCCGUAUCAGGACCGGUACGCGAAUAGUUGGAAGGCAAACUGGAACGGUAUCGCGGAAGCAGUAGAGCACUGCUGCAGCAAGUACGACCGCGUUGUGCUUUUGGCGCACCACAUCGAGCUGAUUGAUUCACUUGUGCAGUGGACUCGUGACCACUGCAAGCGCGCCGUACGCAUUGACGGACGAGUGCCGGUGCAACAGCGGGGAGAUCUCCUACACACUUUCCACCGAGGGGAUGCGAGAAUUGCGGUAAUCGGAAUCACGGCGUGCGCGGUUGGUAUUUCUCUAGCACCGGCUCAGUGCGCCGUGUUCUGUGAGCUCCCCCCUGACGCGGCGUGGAUGCGGCAGGCAGAGGAUCGCCUGCAUCGCCCUGGACAGCGCGACGAGGUUGUGGUAUACUAUCUGCUAGGGCUCCAUUCGCAGUUUGACGCCGAGCUCUUUUCCCGCUUGUGCAGGAGCCUCUCCGACGCGGAGGAGUCUCGAGGGACAAGCCUCUCGCUUUCGCAAAUCGCGCACGCGUCCCACCCAACACUGCACCCGAAGCCUGCUUCCAAGGCGCCGACGCAUGGCUCGGUGCAGCCAACGGCGGAGCCUUUGCUCUUUUGUAUUAGCAAAAACACCGACCGGAUCCACGUACGCGCAAGCAAAUCGACUGGCUUUUACACUACGUUUCCGUGGCAUGAGGCAAGACAGUGCGUGCAGCAGCGUCAGGACCCAGUGUGGCAGCAGCUGGACACUUUCCUUGAAUCCGUUACUCGCCUUUCACCGUUUCAUCGGAGACAACUUGUCCUUCGCCAGGCGUGGCUGCCUCCUGUCUUCCAGUGGAAAAGCGGCGGAGCGGCUGCCUCCGCUCCACGACGGCGCAACCGCUAUGCGAAAACCCUGACUCUUGGAUGGGGAGUGUGGUGGGAGGUGCGCCGAUUGUACUUUCCUACGCGUUACUACUUUGGUCCCCUCACCGCUUCCGCGAAGAAUGAAUACGAACCUGGCUGCCUGAACUGCGCGGCGAGCCUCCCACAGCUCGAUCGACGUGCUUACAUCUUUGUUCCCGGGGCAAUUUGCGGUGCCGCCAACGGCGAUUCCGAGCUCUUCUGCUCAGGUAAGUGUAGGUUGUCGUUUUUUAUCCGGCGGUCUGGUGGUGUGAUACGCCGCAGUGUUGCGGGUGUAGACAAGAGUGUUUGCUCGCAUUGCCACGUUGACUGUGAGACACUGUGUACCGCCGUAGCAGCAGCGGCAGGAAGGCGAGAGCGUGUGGCUGUGAUUGAGAGGCUGCACCCGCAGCUGCUGCAAUUCCCCGCUCUCUGCGAGAAGGUCGUCUCGAAUCCUAUCCCUGGGAAUUUCUGGCACGCUGACCACGUGGUUCCCGUUGCGUGUGGUGGCGGGGAGGCGACUCUAGAGAACCUGCAGACGCUGUGCGUCGUCUGUCACGCCCUCAAAACCCAUGAAGAUAUGAGGCAACUGCGACAGAAGCGCGCACUGUUGCCUGCCCAAGGGCCGGUGGCUCGAACAACAGUCGACGUCGCGUGGGUAAAGGUGACUGCUUCCAGUGUCUCACGGGUCACAUGGCGCAAAGUGUGA